AUGCAGUCGUUCCUCUCUCCAGUGAACAAGGCUAUUCUAGUAGCUCUGUUCAUCUUCGCCAUCCUCCUCAUCCUCUAUGUGAUCCUCUGGCUGUACCUGCUUGGGUUGAGAGUUCUAAUGAAUCAAUUGAUCUGCCGUCCCUUCACGUUGCCAGAGCUGGCCUUACAACAUGGCAAAGUUGCUAUAGUGACGGGAGGCACCAGGGGAAUUGGCUAUGAGACCUCAAGACACAUGGCCAGCCUGGGGGCACAAAUUAUCAUAGUUGGACAGAAUGAGCUGAAGGGUGUGUCUGCUGUGAAGAGGAUUUGUGAGGAGAACAGAGAGGCCAAAGUGGAGUUUGAUCAGUUGAAUCUGGCAUCUUUGCAGUCAGUCAGGCAAUUUGUCCAGAGUAUCAAGAGACGAGGCCUACCGCUGCACAUCUUAGUCAACAAUGCGGCGGUCAUGUUGGUCCCUGAGGGUCGUACAGAGGAGGGCUUUGAGCGUCACUUUGGGGUCAACUACCUAGGUCACUUCCUGUUGACCUUGCUGCUGUUAGACACAUUAAAGCAUUCUGGGAAACGUGGUUCCUGCUCACGUGUUGUCACCCUCUCCUCGUCCGCUCAUGGUGCUGGAGAGAUACAACUAGACAGCCUGCUAAACAGGCAGUGUUAUUCGGCCCAUGCGGCGUACUCCCAGAGUAAGCUGGCACUACUGUUAUUUUCCUCCCACCUGCAACAGAGGCUGGAUAGAGGAGGGUUUUCAGUGAGCUCAUGGGCAGUGGACCCUGGGAUGGUCGACACUUCACUCUACUGCCACCUCUUCCCCACCGCCCGCCUCGCACAGACAGCCAUCGCACACCUGCUCUUUAGGAGCCCGUCCCAGAGAGCGUCCACGGUCCUCUACACCGCUCUGUCUCCAUCUCUGGAGGGGGAGGGAGGAGCCUACUGGAGCAAUGGGUGCACAGAGAUGACAUCACCAAACACCUACGACCCACAGCUCCAUCGCGGCCUCUGGGACUCCAGCUGCAAACAAGUUGGCCUGCCUUGACCCCUGACUUUCAACCCCUGACCCUGACCCCCAACAUGGGACUGGAUGGCUGAGACCCAACACUUAGUCUGUCUGACUGGUGUUGUCUUUGUUUUGACAAUCUCCUCACCACCAGACUGUGAUUGGACUGAUGACGACCAUGGCUAGACUUUGAUUGGUUAGUAAAGAGUUAAGUCCCUUCCCAUGCUGUUCAAAUGAAUGUGCUAAUGGGAAUGAAGCAACCUUCUCCCUCUGGCACUGUGAUCAUACACACACAUACACUAUGUUAAGGGUAUUCAUUGUGCUGCUAUGAGUGUCUGUAGCGCCACUAUGAGUGUUAAUAGUGACCUUAUAAGUGUUCAUAGCAACCUUAUGACUGUUGGUUGACAGAUCAGAUCUUCCAGAACAGAAAGCACCUUCCCUCGAUGGGAGAACUUACUUUUGUCAUAAACAAGUGUCAUCAGUGUAUGUGUGUAUGUGUAUGUGUGUACUUGUCAUCAGCGUGUGUGUGUGUGUGUGUGUGUGUGCUUAUUAUGAUGUUAGAAGCAUCCAGGAGCAUCUGGUGUUCUGAUCCAUCUGUGAAGCAUAUACUGACCCCUGCCCGAGUGGAGGGUCCAAGACCAAUGAACAAGCCAGCAUGGUAACAUCAGUGAAUCACAGCCUGAAACUGAUAUUUUCAGUUCUUGUGAAAGCAAAGGGUAUUUUGUGGAAUUCUUGCCAAAGCUGCUGGUUUCCUCUCCAGGGGGCAGAAAUCAUCUGAGAGAAAGUCUUUAAAUUGUGUCCCGCCUCCUGGGCUGUGAGUCACACACACACCUGUCUCAUGGUAUUUCUCUUUUACUGUUAGAGCUGAGCGAUGGUUUAUCAAUAUGCACAUAUCACCUCUCUCAAGUCCAGUCGUUGUGUGUGUUUCUGUGCACACUAUGUGUAUUUGUGUGUGCGCUGUUUGUGCGUUUCGUCCAGUCAUUGGUUUGUAUGCAUCCAUAAAAAGGCAGCACAACUGAAACCAGUACUAAUAUUUGUGGCAGAAGGAGAGAAAGACAGUGAGUAAAGGAAAAGGAGACAGAGAGAUUCUUCAUCUACUCUCUCUGCUGCUACCUCGUUUGGCUUUGCUCCCAGUGCAUUCAUUGUCAUUCAUUCUGCUAAAUUAAGACAAAGACAAACAGUCACACACACAGAGGCAGACUGUGACCAAAAAUGGGCCCUGUCAUUUCUAACACACUGGCCAUUUUGUUCCUUGAGGACCUCAUUAUUAGCCAGAUGAUUAUCAUUUUGAGUUAAAACCUAAGUUAGACAGGCCCAGUAGGCUGGACCAGCCCAUCUGGCAAGUCUGCCCCUGUGAAGAAAAAAAAUAAAAACACACACAUAUAUAUAUUCAACUGUGCAUCCAAUCACACCCAUGCUUAUCUAAACAAUCAACUCAUACUAUCAUGGCCCAGGCUGGUCUCAUAAACUAGACGUACCAUAGUAAAUUAAAGUCCGGAUGCUCAAAUCAGUAUGAUAUGUUACAUUUAGCAACACAAAGGUUGUGUGUUCGUAUCUCAUAAUGGAUGACUUUAGCAUUUUAGCUAAUUAGCAACUAUUUAGCAUGUUAUAUAACCCUUCCCCUAAACUUAACCCUUUAACCUAACUCCUAACCUUAGCUAAUGUUAGCCACAACAAAUUUGAAUUCUCAACAUAUUGUACGAAUUAUAAUUCAUAACAUAUCAUACAAAAGGUGUCAGAGUCUAUCUAGAGGAUAGCGAAGGAGUCAGGCGCAGGACACAAGUAAGAGUAAAACCACUGUAUUUACUCCAUCCGAGAACGGAACAAAAAUCCCGUUACAAAACAAAUACAAAACAGGAUACGAACUCCAACACACGAAAGACAAUCACGCACAAAACAGAAAGGGAAACCAGAGGGUUAAAUAAGGAACAUAAUUAUGAGAUGGGAACCAGGUGUGUAAAACAGACAAAACAAAUGGAAAAAUGAAACAUGGAUCGGUGGCAGCUAGAAAGCCGGUGACGUCGACCGCCGAACGCCGCCCGAACAGGGAGAGGGAACAACUUCGGUGGAAGUCGUGACAAAAGGGAUGAUUGACAUCCACAAAUGAAUACAUACCAUACGUAAUAUGUCAUAUUCAUCUGAGUGUCCUGGAUUUUUGUUUACUAUGUUAUGUCCAGAUUGCAUGGCCAAACCAUACCGAUCUACAGUGCCUUGCAAAAGUAUUCAUCCCCCUUGACGUUUUUCCUAUUUUGUUGCUUUACAACCUGUAAUUUAAAUGCAUUUUUAUUUGGAUUUCAUGUAAUGGACAUACACAAAAUAGUCCAAAUUGGUGAAGUGAAAUUUAAAAAAUGACUUGUUUCAAAAAAUUAUAAAAAAUAUAAACAGAGAAGUGGUGCGUGCAUAUGUAUUCACCUCCUUUGCUAUGAAGCCCCUAAAUAAGAUCUGGUGCAACCAAUUACCUUCAGAAGUCACAUAAGUGGCACAUGAUCUGUCACAUGAUCUCACUAUGUAUAUACCUGUUCUGAAAGGCUCCAGAGUCUGCAACACCACUAAGCAAGGGGCACCACCAAGCAAGUGGCACAAUAAAGACCAAGGAGCUCUCCACACAGGUCACGGACAAAGUUCUGGAGAAGUACAGAUCAGGGUUGGGUUAUAAAAUAAUAUCUGAACAUCCCACGGAACACCAUUAAAUCCAUUAUUUAAAAAAUUGAAAGAUUAUGGCACUACAACAAAGGGACCAAAGAUAACCCUGAAGGAACUGAAAUGCUCCACAGCGGAGAUUGGAGUAUCUGUCCAUAGAACCAUUUUAAGCCAUACACUCCACAGAGCUGGUCUACGGAAGAGUGGCCAAAAAAAAGCCUUUGCUUAAAGAAAAAAAUAAGCAAAAAAGGCAUGUGGAAGAAGACCCUAAACAUACUGCUAAAGCAACACUCGAGUGGUUUAAGGGGGGAAAUGUAAAUAUCUUGGAAUGGCCCAGACUAAAGCCCAGACCUCAACCCAAUUGAGAAUCUGUGGUAUGACUUGAAGAUUGCUGUACACCAGUGGAACUCGUCCAACUUUAGGAGCUGGAGCAGUUUUGCCUUGGAGAAUGGGCAAAAAUACCAGUGGCUAGACGUGGCAAACUUAUAGAGACAUACCCCAAGAGACUUGCAGCUGCAAUGGGCAAAAAUCC